AUGGCGGCCGCUGCAUUCAUACACAUGGAUGUAGCCCACGCCCUGUACAUCAAUGGCUCCGUCAUCGCCCCCUGCGACUCGCCCAUCUACUGCCACGGCGACAUCCUCCGCGAGAUCGAGCUCGCCCACCCCUUUUCCGACUCCAAGACCUUUGUCGACAUGCCCGCAAAGAGACCCCUCUCCGAAAUCCAAGCAGCAUUCGCCAAGCUCCCCAAGCCCCUCACAAACUCCUCCUCCCUCCAAUCCUUCCUGGCGACCUACUUCGCCGACGCCGGCGGCGAGCUCGUCCAGGUGCCCCGCGCCAACCUCUCCACGAACCCGUCCUUCCUGUCCAAGAUCAACGACACCGUCCUCUCCCAGUUCGUCACCCAGGUCAUCGACAUCUGGCCCGACCUCACCCGGCGCUACGCCGGCGACGCCGCCGUCACCGCAAACUGCUCCUCCUGCCCCAACAGCUUCAUCCCCGUGAACCGCACCUUCGUCGUCGCGGGGGGGCGCUUCCGCGAGCCGUACUACUGGGACUCGUACUGGAUCGUCGAGGGCCUGCUCCGGACGGGGGGCGCCUUUGUGGGCAUCGCCAAGAACACGAUUGAGAACUUUUGCGACUUCAUCGGCAGGUUUGGCUUCGUGCCCAAUGGCGCGCGGCUGUACUACCUGAAUCGCUCGCAGCCGCCCUUGUUGUCGCGGAUGGUCAAGGUCUACGUCGAGCACACAAACGACACGAGCAUCCUCCGCCGCGCCCUCCCCCUGCUCGUCCAGGAACACGACUUCUGGACCAGGAACAGGACCGCCGACGUCCGCCUGGCCAGCAACAACAAGACAUAUGUCCUCCAGCAAUACGCCGUGCAAAACACGCAGCCCCGGCCCGAAUCCUUCAGGGAGGACUUCCAGACGGCAAACAACCGCUCCUACUUCGCUGCGUCAGGCAUCAUCUACCCGGAAACGAAGCACCUCAACGGUUCCCAGAUGGAGGACUUGUACGCAAACCUGGCCACCGGCGCCGAGAGCGGCAACGACUACACGGCGCGCUGGCUGGCCGACCCCUCCGACGCCAUGCGGGACGUGUACUUCCCCCUGCGCAGCCUCAACAACAAGGACAUUGUCCCCGUGGACCUCAACGCCAUCCUCUACGGCAACGAGCUCAUCAUCGCGCAGCUCUUCAACCAGACGGGCAACACCACCGCCGCCCGCGAGUGGAGCGCCCUCGCCGCCAACAGGAGCGCCUCCAUCCAGGCCGUCUUCUGGAACGAGACCUUGUUCAGCUACUUUGACUACAACCUCACCUCGGGAUCGCAAAACAUCUACGUCCCGCUCGACAAGGACGCCGUCGCCCUGGACAGGCAGGGCGCUCCUCCCGGGCAGCAGGUCCUCUUCCACGUCGGCCAGUUCUACCCCCUGUGGACCGGCGCCGCGCCCGAGUACCUCAGGAACAACCCCUUCGCCGUGACGCGCAUCUUCGACCGCGUCAAGAGCUAUCUGGAUACUCGACCGGGCGGCAUCCCCGCCAGCAACGUCAACACGGGGCAGCAGUGGGAUCAGCCAAACGUCUGGCCGCCGCACAUGCACAUCCUCAUGGAGAGCCUCAACAACGUCCCCGCGACCUUUUCCGAGGCCGACCCCGCGUACCAGGACGUGCGAAACCUGUCACUCAGGCUCGCGCAGCGGUACCUCGACUUUACGUUUUGCACGUGGCGCGCCACGGGCGGAUCGACCUCGGAGACGCCCAAGCUGCAGGGCCUGACGGACCAGGACGUGGGCAUCAUGUUUGAAAAGUACAACGACAACUCGACCAACGCCGCCGGCGGAGGAGGCGAGUACGAGGUCGUCGAGGGCUUCGGCUGGACCAACGGCGUGCUGCUGUGGACGGCGGAUACGUUUGGCAGCCAGCUCAAGAGGCCGCAGUGCGGGAACAUCACGGCGGGGCAUCCGGCGCCGUCCAAGAGGAGCGCGGUGCAGCUGGAUACGUGGGAUGCGAGCAGGGUCAAGAAGUUCGGGAGGAGGGCGGAGGGGAGAAUGGGGAGGUUGGAUGCGUUGUAG